AUGGACUACGAAGCAGACCGUCAGACGCGCGAGGUAUACCGAUAUUUCCAGCCCGAAAAUCCAGCGGCGCUUAAUACUACACUUCUUCAAUUUGGUGAACAUGUGGGCUCGAUAGCAGACUUUUCAAGAGUGUCGACCCCCUUUCUACCGGAUACCUCUGACUCAGAAACGAGUUUCGCUGAAGAAAGCCCUCCGUCAAGUCCAAAUACAACUUUGACUUCUUUUGCACAACUAGCCGCUCUACGUCUGAACGCACAGCGUGCUUUUAUUACUGUAUUGAACACCGACUCUCAGUUUAUAUUGGCUGAAGCCACAAGAAACACCAAUCUUAAGAGCUCAAAGUCAUCCGUCGGAGAAGGAGAUAGACUCUUCGCUGGGACAUCGACAUUAUCAAACACUUGGAAUAUAUGCCAGGAAACAGUUGCAAUUGAUCCAGACAACCAAGAUGGGGUGUAUUCGUUUAUGGUUGUCAACGAUCUUCAACAGGAAGAACGAUUCAGAGACUUGCCUUUUGUCGCACAAGAGCCACACUCUCGUUUUUAUGCUGCAACGCCUCUAACCAGUGAAGGCGGUAUCAACUUGGGAUGUCUGUUUGUAUUGGAUUCUGAACCCCGCCAGGGGUUAUCUGACACCGAGAAGGAUACACUAGGGAGAGUGGCAGAGUUGGUAAUGGACUACUUAUUGGUUAGCCGUCAAGCUGCAGAAGGGCGACGUGCCUCGCGGCUAUCGCGUGGUCUCCAUCUUUUUGUCGACGGUAACUCUAGUUUUCCCAGCAACGCUCGCAUGUCAUCUCGGUCAAAUAGCUCGGCACACUCAGCACAGAGUUUGUCCCCGAGGAGAUCACCUCACUCGAGAGCCAGGCGAUCAACCAGCUCCCAAACCAAUGAACUGAAAUUUCCCUCGGCUCGAUCUGGGUCAGGAAAUGGUUCUCAAGACGGCGACCCACAGCUCUUGAGCCUAAUUCCCAACCAGAAUGACCUGCCUGUUCCUCCAAGUCCAACCUCAUCAUUGCAAAACUCGCGAUAUGCCGAGAGUGGCUCGGAGGAUUUCUCGAGCAGCAACCGCUGGCUUUUCCAACGUGCUGCGAACCUCUUACGACAAAGUCUUGACUUGGACGGUGCUGGUGGUGUCAUGUUCAUGGAAGUUAGUGACAACUCCUCCGAAUAUGUCGCAGCCGGUCAUUGUGACUCCACUGGAUCUACAAAUCCUGCUCCUAUUCUUGCAUUGUCAACCAGAGGUGACCCAUUUUCAUACCAGGCAAGCUCGACAUUGUCAGAUCCAGCUGUCAAUCUUGAUAAUAUCUUCCUAAAGCAGUUGACCCAUCGAUAUCCCAAAGGGAAAAUCUGGUCGUUCCACCACGAUGGGACAUUUUCAACUUCGGAGGACCAAUUAAUCGACGAGUCUCGGAAACAAAGGAAGAAGUCCAAGGCUUCGGAGACUAGCAAACUGAAUGAGUUCUUCCCUGACGCAUCUGAAGUCAUGUUUGUCCCACUGUGGAAUGCCACAGAUUCCCAGUGGUUCGCCGGGUGUUUCUGUUGGACUCCCCAACCAACACGAGUUUUCAGCCCUGCUGUUGAUCUAAGUUCAGUAUUUGCCUUUGGAUCCUCUAUUAUGACUGAAUAUAGCCGUGUUGAAUCAGUUAUUGCAGACCGCCAGAAGGGGGAUUUCAUAAGCAGCAUCUCCCACGAACUACGCAGCCCGUUGCAUGGUGUCAUGGCUGCGGCUGAGUUUUUUGGAAGUACUAGCUUGGACCAGUUCCAGGAGACCCUCCUCGAUACGAUAAAUGCAUGUGGCCGAACCCUCUUGGAUACAAUGAACCAAGUUUUAGACUUCAGCAAAAUCAUGUCAUUGGAAAGACACAAGAAAGCCUUGAAGCAUGGAAAAGAUCCGUGGAAACCCAAACUCUCCGAGGAAUCUCUGACGCGCCUGGAUACAUUGGUUUUGACGGACGUGGCUCUCUUGGCAGAAGAUGUCAUAGACAGCGUGUGCUUGGGACAUUCCCAUAUGCAGAGGUCAGCUAUAUUCACCAAUCACCACACGGAUUCCUCUUCAACAUCUCCUUCCAAUUCAGCAAAAGGUGACAGCCAAGUCGACCCCAUUCCACAAGUGGAAGUCAUUGUUGACAUCCCUGACAAUGACUGGAUAUACACAGUCCAGCCGGGGUCGCUGAGACGCUUAAUCAUGAAUAUUCUUGGAAAUGCACUGAAGUAUACCAACAAGGGCCGGAUAUGCGUCUCUAUGGAGGCCACUGAGCGUUCUAAAGGUCGCUCUCGACGUCAAGGUCUCGAAGACAUGGUGACAUUGACCAUCUCAGACACGGGUAAGGGCAUCUCGAAGGAAUAUCUUCGGAAGCACCUGUUCACUCCGUUCUCACAAGAGGACCCGCUAUCGGCAGGCACUGGUCUCGGUCUAUCAAUUGUCCGCGGCAUUGCGAAAACUCUCAACGGGAAAAUUAAUGUUCGAAGUCGACAGGGCGAAGGCACUACUGUAAAGGUGUCGCUUCCUCUCGAGCGUCUAGUGGGAGAUGAUAGCCCGCAACCGAUGUCUCGUAUGGAAGAUUCAGACCACAAUAGACUUGUGCCAUCUUCUCAACUCCGACAUGUCGACUGUAGUAGGAAACGUGCUGCUAUCUGGGGAGUCGAUCCGUCUGGUAUUGCCGAGCACCCGUUCUGGGCUUCCAUAGCCCGAUAUAUCACGGAUUGGUAUGGGCUGCAGCUUGUUCCUAUACCUGCCAAUGAACCUAUUGAUAUCAUGUUUGUGGAUGAACGGGAUUUGUCUGCAAAAGAAAUGCAGAAUUUCCCAACAGCAUUGCCCAGCUUACUCAUCUUUUGUAGCGAGACAAGCAACCAUGAUGAUGCUAGGGCACAAUGGUCGCACCUUGCUGACUCUUUCGCAAUUCUCCAUCGACCUUGCGGUCCACGAAAACUUUCCCGCGGUAUUUUGAGCUGUUUAUAUGCAAAGCCGACAACCUCUACAUUGAACCCGCAGAAUCUCCGGCAAGGCUUAGUGCUUCCAGAGCGACCCGCUCUUACAGUCUCGUCUUUACCCGUUGAAGAUUCGAAACCCUCAUUGUCAGAAAAUAUACGAUCGCCAGCUCCUGAACCACAAAUACUCACCCCAGAACCCAGUGGCACCAUCAACAUCACGGAGCGUAGCACUUCUGCGUUGACAUCGCAUACUAAUAGCUCUGCUUGCACAUUGUCUGGGACUACAGGUUCCACCGAUCCUGCGUCUUCUUCAUCUACUCGACCUUCCUCUGAUGACUCAGGUCAAGUUAGCACCUCAUAUGGGAGCGAAAGCAAGCCCCGGGUCUUAGUGGUAGACGACAACAACAUCAAUCUUCAACUCAUGAUGACUUUCAUGAAAAAACGAAAAGUGAUGGUCCUAGAUAGAGCAGAGAAUGGCAAAGAAGCUGUCGAUGCGUUUGAAAGGAUGCCGCAGGGAUACAACCUUAUUUUCAUGGACAUGUCUAUGCCAGUCAUGGAUGGAUUUGAGGCAACGCGCGCCAUUCGUGCAAUUGAGAAAGAAAGGGAUGGCUGUAUUCCAGCAACAAUCAUCGCUUUGACAGGACUCAGUAGUUCACUGGAUGAGUGCCGAGCCUGGGACUCGGGAGUGGACCUUUUCCUUAUGAAGCCUGUUUCUUUCAAGGAAGUAUCAAGGCUCGUUGAUGAAUGGGAAGCUAGACCGCCGAAAUAA